AUGCCCUCAAGAUACAGAGUUGAAUAUCAACUAAAGUCUCAUCGCAAAGAUGAACUAAUAGAGUGGAUAAAGGGUCUCUUGGCAGUACCCUUUGUUUUACACUCAUCAUCGGACAGCGACGACGCCCGGCAAUUAAUACGCCAACGGUACGCUGAAAUAUUCACAGCUGUAGAAUCACUAGUCGAUGAGCAGUUUGAGAUCGGCCAACAAAUGCAUUUGCCAGACCAGGAUUUUCAUCGCGAAAGAACAAGGCUAACGCAACUAGUACCUUCUGUUGGGCCCUUUUUCACUAGGCUUCCGUUGGAAAAGUCAUUUUAUCUGGAGGAUCGCAAAAGGGCCAUCUCCUCGAGAACCAUGGUGGCACCUAGUUUUAACGAUAUCCGCCAUAUCUUAAACUCAGCCCAAAUCUUGCAAAUGCGUCAGUUCAACGACGUGAAGCUCGUCACCUUCGAUGGGGACGUCACUCUUUAUGAAGAUGGAGGAUCGCUUACAGAAUCUAGCAAAGUAGUGCCAUUUUUGCUAGAUCUUCUGAGAAAUGGGAUCUGCGUCGGGAUCGUCACCGCCGCGGGUUAUGACGAAGCUCAAAAGUACAUGGAACGCCUCUUCGGCUUUAUAGUAGCCCUGGAAGAAGAUUCCACCAUAAGUCCAGAGCUUAAAGAAAACCUAGCCGUGCUGGGUGGGGAGUCCAACUAUCUUUUCAGAUACAACGCCAAAUUGGGCGAACUGGUUUCGAUUCCACUCGAAAGCUGGAUUCGGUCGCCCAUGCGCGAGUGGAGCGAGUCCGAUAUGACUGAAACGCUUGACUUAGCGGAGUCGCUGCUCCGAGGCUUCAGAACUGCGCUGAACUUGCCGGAGGAAUCGACGAUUAUUCGCAAGCCCAGAGCCGUGGGAAUUGUUCCCGGAAAUCGCUGGAACCCAGAAACGAAACGUACAAACCGCAUCAAGAUGGAGCGCGAGCAACUCGAGGAAAUGGUGCUUACCCUCCAACACCGCAUCGAGAAUUUCGCCCCGGCACGUCGAAUCCAAUUCAGUUGUUUCGACGGUGGCAGCGACGUGUGGUGCGAUAUUGGAGGCAAAGACCUCGGUGUCGCUGCUCUUCAAAACUACUUCUGCCCCGAAAACCCAAUCAAGCCUCAUCAAACCUUGCACAUUGGUGACCAGUUUGCACCAAUGGGUUCGGCAAACGACUUUAAAGCCCGACUCUCUGGCUGUACCGUGUGGAUUUCCUCGCCCCAGGAAACAGUAGAAGUUCUUCGUUGUUUGACCACAGGUUUCGACCACUACACACGAUCCUCGUCGGUCAUCCCAAUUGCUGUAGCUACUACAGACAGCUGCUACCAAUAG